UUGUUACGAUUGUCAGUUAUUUAACCAAAAAAAGUGAUUAAAACAGAAAAAGUAUUUAAAGAUUCAGCGAUAAAAUGUUUCUCUCUUAUGAUCGUUUAAAACUUGAUUUUAUUACAAUGUGCAGUCAGUACAUAAAUAACAUAAAUUUCUUUGAACUGAAAAAAUUUUAUGAAAAAGAUUUGAACUCAGUGCGACGUUUGAGUUAUUGUGAUAAAUUAGAAGAUUUAAUUAAUUUGUUAGAAAAAGCAGAUAUUUUAACUAAAGAGAAUGUUGCACCACUGCGACAAAUAGCAUUAAGAAUUGGAGAACAAAGCCUUAUAGAGGUUUUAAAUUAUAUUCACUUUUACGAAAAUCAACAAUACAGGGAACACAGACAUUUUCCAGCUCGAACAAAUACAUGUUUGAACUAUAGUCAAUCAAAUCAAAUUAACCAUGAACCUCCGACAGUAUCAAAUGGUACUCAACAAAUGCCACCUGUUAGACCAAGUGCUCCUGAAUACAUGCCAUCAAUACAAAUAAAUGUCCCUCAAGAUCAUACGCAUAUGGCACCAAAUGACCUUCCUACCUCACGACCAAACACACAAUAUGAUGAUGUCGUAAGAGAUAAAUGCUUUAAACAUAUUUCUGAACGUUUAGGUAAUAAAUGGAAGAUAGUAGGUCGAUAUUUGGGCUUACGUGAAGGUACAAUGGACGUUAUAUAUAGAAAGCAUAGAAAUGAUAUGCCAACGCAAAUAUUGGAGAUGUUACAUACAUUCGAAGAAGAUCCUAUGUAUGAACGAAGAAAAUUAAGAACAAAUUUAACGCACGCUUUGAGAAAAGCAAAGCGAGAGGAUUUGAUCAUAGCUGUCGCACACUUUUUUGAUUCGUAUCCGUAAUCAUUCUGUCUAAAAUGUCGAAUUUAAUUUAAUGUUGAUUUAAUUUUAAUUUUUUAUAUUUAUACAAAAAUUUUUACGGUCAAGACUUGAUAUACAUUGAUCCAGCAAAACCUUGUUAGCCAAAACAAGGAAGCAAUGCAAAAAUUUUAAAAAACACUGAUCAAACAAAUUUCU